CACACACAGUCAGUAAUACAAAGAAGGUCGCGUGAAUGUUGUCUGAUAUGCAUAACGAAUUACAUCUGGGUGUUAGUAAGCAGUUUGUUCUGAAUCGCGUCAUCGCGCGAUAAUAACAAUUGUUAAUAUUAACGUUAAAUAAAGUGCUUAUUAUUUACGUGUUGGUGAAUUAAUGUAAAUAAAGUGAAGCAAAUUAGUGCAAAGUGUACGAACACGAGGACAGUGUGGACGGACGGCCCUUACAGGGCAUGGCGGCCACUACAUACCUCCCGGCCAGCAGUGCAGUUACAACUGAUCUAGAAGGAAACGUCGUUGGAAUGAAUAUUGUUGGAGGUUAUCAUUCUAGUGCCUCUCCGAGGUCUGCCGCCGACGCUAACGAGAUGAAAUACCUGCCGCAACAUCACCACAAUCACCAUCAUCAUAUGGCUAGUUCGCCUUCACCUAGCGGACAUACAGCUGUAUCGUUAUCGGCUAAUCCUUGGGUUAGUUUACAGCCGGGAGCGGAUCCGUGGACGGCGUCAAUGGCAGGUAUGCAUCAUGCGCACCAUCACCAUCACCAAGAUGUAAAACCCUUAACUCAACCCGCCGAUAUGAUGCAUCAUCAAAGACAACAGCAACAAAGCAUGGGAUCUCCACAUGCUUGGCACGGACCCGUUUCAUCGGCACAUUAUAAUCCGGGUGGUGCAGGAUCUCCUCUUCAGCAAUAUCACGCCGCCAUGAACGGCAUGUUGGCCCAUCAUCAAGCCGCACCUCAACUACAUCACACUUUACAUAGAGAUAUGCAAAGUCCGCACCAUCCGCAACAUUCAGAAAGAGACGUUAGCGGAGGAGAGGACGAAACGCCUACGAGUGACGAUUUAGAAGCGUUCGCUAAACAAUUUAAACAAAGACGUAUAAAAUUGGGAUUCACGCAAGCCGAUGUCGGUCUAGCGUUAGGAACACUUUACGGUAAUGUUUUUUCGCAAACAACAAUAUGUAGGUUCGAAGCGUUGCAGCUUAGUUUCAAAAACAUGUGCAAACUCAAACCGCUUCUUCAAAAAUGGCUGGAGGAAGCGGACUCGACGACGGGCUCACCUACCUCCAUAGACAAAAUAGCGGCGCAAGGAAGGAAAAGAAAAAAACGCACUAGUAUAGAAGUUUCGGUAAAAGGUGCUCUAGAACAACACUUCCAUAAACAACCAAAACCCUCAGCUCAAGAAAUCACAGCACUGGCAGAUAGUCUACAAUUAGAAAAAGAAGUCGUUCGAGUUUGGUUCUGUAAUAGGAGGCAGAAAGAAAAGAGAAUGACUCCACCGAAUACGUUAGGUAACGAUAUGAUGGACGGAAUGCCGCCGGGUCAUAUGCAUCCCAGUUACGGUCACCACCAAGAUAUGCACGGCUCGCCGAUGGGUCAACACUCUCAUUCUCAUAGUCCACCAAUGUUAUCUCCCCAAAGUAUGGGCCAUCAAUUGACGGCUCACUAGCAUCCAGCCCACUGGGCCUCUUUGCUUCACAGUGACAACGGCUAGUGAUAGUACUACUUUUCGCCGGUAUCCGUCGGCUUUAUUAACGCUACCUCAAGCCAUGGUUGGAUUUGUUCGACAAAUCCCGCAUUCAAGUCGUUGAGGAGGUCCUAGUGGAAAACGUACAACGUGGACGUCUGACUGUUAUUUAUAUAUAGUACACUGUACAGUGAGAGUGAGUACCUACUUUUAAACUAGAGGAAUCGCGAUUAUCCAGGGUUUUCGGAACAAUUGAUCUAUCCACUAACUAUCGACCACAAUCUUUUCAUCAAAACCGAUGAAACUUUAGGUAUUCACCUUUAUUAUUAUUAUUAUUAUUAUUAUUAUUAUUUAUGUUAGUACCUACAUAUUAUAUAGAUACUUUUAUUAUUUCUAUUGAAAAUAUUUUCGAAAAGCCGAUUUUGUAAAUUAGAAUAUUUCGAAUUGAUAAAAAGUUUUUCGUUUAUUGUUGAAAAUAUAAUUUAAUUAAUUAUUAUUCGUUAAUAUGAGUGGAACUCGUCGCGUAUACGGGAUAUAUCACAAUUAAAUUUAUCCUAAUGAUAAAAUGCUGGAAAAAAUGAAAAUGUAGUAGAUGAAUAUACAAAAAAAUUGAAAAAUUACUACCUCACGAUACGAACUGAUUCUAUUAGAAAGUAAAAAAUUAUUACAGUUCGAAACAAGUCUAUAAUACGUACAGGAUAUGUCACAAUUAUGUUGAUCCCUUUGAUAGAAUAUUAGAAAAAUACAUACAAAAUAUCAAAAAAAAAAGUUAUUUAUAUUGAAUUUUUUUUGAAAAAUCCACCAUCUUAAAUAUGAAUGGAAGUUGCUUCAAAUUGUUUAGAAAUAAAAAAAAUCGAAAUCACCUCCGAAAAAAAUUGAAAUGAAUGUGUAAAACAUACAGUGUAUAUCACAAUUAAGUUAAGUUGUUAAUAAAUAAUAUUUGGUCUUAAGUAUGAUCGAAUUUCAUUGAAAAUUUUAAAUAGAAUUGUCUUCUAUUAAAUGAUUUUACGAUGUUGGAAAUCUUUAUUCAUAUAAUUCGUAGAAAAAGUAAAAUAAAUGCGAAAAAACUCAAAAAAUAUUUAGAAUUUUAAUAGAGUUGAAAUCACCAGUAGAAUAAGUGUAAAAAAAAUUAAAAAAAUCCUGUUUUUUCGAGAUAAACUUCUAUUGAGAACUGAACAUUCAUCUGGUUGAUAACCAGUUUAUAAGACGUACAGCAUAUGUCAAAAUUAAGUUACUAAAAAUUUAUCAAUGCUCCUGAUCAGCAUUGACUUUAUAUUAACAUAAAUACUUAUUUAACGAAUAUUAUUUUAAAAUCCAUUUAAAUAUGAAUAAAAGUUGACAGUAUUCACAUAAAAAGUGAAAAAACUGAGGUGAAAUUGGAAAAAUUAUGAAAAUUAGAGUUGUCUCAAAAUCAUUUCACAUUCCAAAAACUCCCCCGUACAAGAAUUUGAAUUACAAGUGGAAUAAUUGCAAAAAUUCGUAAAAAUUGUUGCUUUAUGAGGUGAAUCAUUUUCAUGUUGAUGCCAUAAUACGGAAAUAAUUUGUCAAAAUUAACUUCAUACUAAUUUAAAUAUAAUUUAAAUCAAUCAAAUUGAAUAAUUCAACAUUUUCAAAAAUCUACAAUAGAAUAAUUUGGAUAAUAAGUAAAAUAAUUACUAAAAAAUUGUGAAAUUGCAGCUCUUCGUGGUAAAUCAGUUCUAUUGGAAACUAAAAAUUUAUUAAUCCUCAUCGUGAGGCUAUGACGUAAAGAAUUUUUCGAAAUUAACUUUAUAGCCAUCUAAAUAUGAAAAAAAGUUUGUUAUAAAUCAUUUAGAAAAUGAUAAAAAUUAGAAUUGUUAUUUCAAAAUGAUAUCAAUUAAACAAUUCCAUAUUAACAAAAAUCCCCAAUAGCAGAAAUUAAAUAAUAAAUAGAAUUGCAAAAAAUAGAAAAAUUGGAUCUCUAUGUAAUAAAUUUACUUUAUAUACAUUCAAAUACAAAUAGGUUGUUCGAUAUCAGAUAGAAAAUGAUAAGAAUCAGAUUUGUUUCUCCAAAAUUGUUUCAUUGAAAUAAUUUCACAUUUUCAAAAGUCCUUUAUAUCAAAAUGUAGAUAAUAAUUGAUCAAGAAAUGGGUAAAUUGCAUAUCUCCGUGAUAAAUCAGUUUUAUCGGCUACUAAAAAUUUAUUAAUACUCAGGGUGAGUUUAUAAUUCGCAUAGGAUUUGUCAGAACUAACUUUAUAAUAACAUAUCAGUUACAAAAUCAGAAUUUUCUUGAAAAAUAAUCUUUUAAAUUCGUUUUAAAUAUAAAAUUAAUCAAAAUAAAUGUUGUAUUGGAACAAAGUCACAAAAGUUCAUAUUUUGUAUGUAAAAAUCGAAAAUAUUCUGCUGUAUAUGACUAAUUAUCAAAGUUGGCGACUUGAAAUUUGUUCAAAACUUAAAAAAUAUCAGUUUGCGAUCUACCACAUUGAGAAAAAUAUCUAUUUAAACUCAGAUUUCCCACGACGCUCUCACUGUAAAAAAAAUUACACCAUAAAUUUUACUUAAACUAUAAAACGAUCUCAAAUGAAAAUAAAAGCGAUAAAAUUUUGAUAUAUCAUCUAACCUGUCCAUUCACAAUCUUAUUUGAAACAUUUAGAUACAUUUCCGAUUGGAUAAUGAUAAUUUAUUGAAAUUAACAUAAACAUUUUAAACGGUCUCUUCAAAUAAACAAUUACAGAUCUAUGAUUCCCAUUGAUUAAUUAUAAUGCAAAUGUUAUGGGUAUAAGAUAUAUUAUUAGCAUCAACUGAACUAUUUCAUUUAAAAAAAUAUUUACAACUUUAAAUAUUCGUGAUUAAAUAAUUCUUAUUUAAUGAUUUCAUAUAGAAAACUGUCUCUUUUUGAUUAUAAUUAGAAAAAAUGGUUUUCUAGCAUAUUUCUUUAAUAAUUUUCAGGGGAAUAUAAUCACUGUUUUUUAUUUUGAGCCAUUUUGAGCAUUUUUUUCUUUGAAUUUUCUCAUCUACUUCUACAUCUAAUACAGAAUGGGCCAAACCAUCUGCCCCGUUCUUAAUCUGGGUUGUAGUUUCCUUUUUCAUUUCGAUUCUUAUUCCACCCGUAUACAUAAUUUCUUUGGUUAGUAUUUAACUUUGUCAUCGAAAAAUUUCUUUCUCCAUAAAGCUACUUCGUUGAUUUUUUAAUUCGUUUUAUAUAUUUCCUAUUUUAAGUUCUUUUCUGGUUAGACCACCAUUAUUUUUGUCUUUUCCAUAUUUAUUUUAUGUUUUCAAGCUAUUAAAUUAUUAUUAUAGCCAUACAAAAACAUAAUUAAAGCUUCUAUCCAUUUUUAUAUUCUACUUGUGUGUGCCAGAUUUUUGUUUUUACUUCUUUUAAUACAACAUCCGUUAUCAUUAUUAUCAAUAUUGUACCUAAUAGUCAUUUUCUGGAAACAACAAUGUCGAUUGCUUUUUGAUCAGCGAUAAACCCGAGAUACGCAUUUUAAUUAAAUGUAUUGAAAUUAUUUUCAACUUAGUUUUCUAAAAAUCGAAUACUUUUUGAAACGCUAUAAACCUGAGAUUCACUUCUUAACGAAACGUAUUUAACUCCAUCUUAUCUUUGUUGUCCCAAAACACUGUCGAAUGCUUUGUUAAUCGUUCCAAACUCGAUAUACACUUUUUAACGAAGUGUAUUUAACUCCAUCUUAUCUUAGCUUCCUGAAAACACCGUCGAAUGCUUUAUGAAUCGCUUUAAACUCGAGAUAUACUUUUUACUGAAAUGUAUGUAACUCCAUCUUAUCUUAGUUCUCCAAAAACACUGUCGAAUGCUUUGUUAAUCGUUUCAAACUCGAUAUACACUUUUUAACGAAAUGUAUUUAACUCCAUCUCACCUUAGCUUCCUGAAAACACUGUCGAAUGCUUUAUGAAUCGCUUUAAACUCGAUACACACUUUUUAACGAAGUGUAUUUAACUCCAUCUUAUCUUAGCUUCCUGAAAACACUGUCAAAUGCUUUUUUAAUCGCUUCAAACUCGAUAUACACUUUUAAACGACGUGUAUUUAACUUCACCUCACCUUAGCUUCCUGAAAACACCGUCGAAUGCUUUAUGAAUCGCUUUAAACUCGAUAUACACUUUUUAACGAAGUGUAUUUAACUCCAUCUUAUCUUAGCUUCCUGAAAACACUGUCAAAUGCUUUUUUAAUCGCUUCAAACUCGAUAUACACUUUUAAACGACGUGUAUUUAACUUCACCUCACCUUAGCUUCCUGAAAACACCGUCGAAUGCUUUAUGAAUCGCUUUAAACUCGAGACAUACUUUUUACUGAAAUGUAUAUAACUCCAUCUUAUCUUAGUUGUCCAAAAACACUGUCGAAUGCUUUGUUAAUCGUUUCAAACUCGAUAUACACUUUUUAACGACGUGUAUUUAACUCCACCUCACCUUAGCUUCCUGAAAACACCGUCGAAUGCUUUAUGAAUCGCUUUAAACUCGAGAUAUACUUUUUACUGAAAUGUAUAUAACUCCAUCUUAUGUUAGUGGUCCAAAAACACUGUCGAAUGCUUUGUUAAUCGCUUUAAACUUGAUAUAUUCUUUUUAACGAAGUGUAUUUAACUCCAUCUCUACUUAGCUUUCUGAAAACACUGUCAAAUGCUUUUUGAAUAGCUGUAAACACUUUUUAAAUGUUUUCUUUUAUCUAUAUUGGAGUGAAUAUAUGGUUUUGUUUACUUUUUUCUUUUGAGAAAUCACUUUGUGGCUCAUAUUUGUAUGAAAUCGAUUUUUAUAAUUUUCCUCAGUCGGUUUUUUAAGAGUCUCGAAUUAAUUUCAAUUUAUAAUUUGAUUACUAUCAUCAGCCAAUUGAAAUUUUAUGGUUAAUAAUAGAAAAUACCUGCGUAGUUAUUGUUAAUUAAUAGUAAUUAAUAAAACUCAACAAAUCGAACUAAAUAUGGAAAGUGAAAUAUUUUUCUUUUUUACUUCAAAAAAGGAUACCCCCUUUGUCUUUAUUCUGUUUCAUUUUUUACGUAUUGUAUAUUUUUAAUAAUUUUGAAUGUUUAUUGUCAUUUUAUGAAAAAGAGUCUGCAUAUUUUGGAAAUCUAAAACACAAUAAUCUAAUAUCAAUUUUUUCAUAUACAGUGUUCGUGAAAAAAUAUACGUCAAUUUUAAUAAUGACGAAAUAAUAGGAUUUAAUUUUUUAUCUAAAUGAAUGGAUUUAGUUGCGUAUUGCAAUGUUUGAUAAUGAUGCAGCUCUAAAUCUAGAUAUAGAGAAUUCAAUUUGGCUGAGUUUAGAGCCACUCAAACUCCGAUAGAGCAGAUUCUGCAGUAGCAAAAUUUUUUUUGACAUACCUCGUAUACGAGUAAACAAAAUUAAUAUCUGAUAAUUUUGUUACAUAUUUAAAAAGAUGAAGUUUUCUAAAAUAUUCCAUACUGUAAACUUUUGAAAUUGAUUUUGUUUACAAGUUUGCAAAAGGUCUCAUUGGAUGAGAAUACCACUUCUCAAUGAGUUCCAGUUUUUCAGUUUAUUGCAUUCUUUAUACUUUUACACAUUUCUCUGCUUUGUUAUGUAAUUUUUUGCCUUUUCAAUAGCACCCAAGUCACGCAUCUAAAAAUUCAGUAUCACGUUAUAUAUUGUAUAAUUCUGUUUAAAACAUACGUUUAUAUUUUCUUUUCUGAACGAUCUUUCGAAACUUUUUCAUAAAAUAAUAAUUUUUUUAUUGUUUUCUUACACAAAUUUUGAAAAACGUUGAAGGUUUGUAAAAAAUAUCAUAUCUUAACCCUUCAUGCAUUUUCUUUUAGCUCCAUCAACUCAGAUAAUAUACAGUCUAACUCAGAAUUUGUCAUUUCAGUUUAAAAACCGAUAUAUACACAUCUUGAAUUCAAAAAUUUUUUAUUUUAAAUAACUGAACUGUUUUGAUUCACAUAUAUAAGAUAAUCGUAGCACCACCUGUCGAGAUAAAAAUUAGUUAAAUAAACUUUAUCCAUUGGACCGAAUUUUGUAUCUAAACUAUUCUCAAAUCCUGUGGAUUAGACACAAAAAAUUUCAUUAAAAUCAGUUCAGCCGUUUAAAGGAUUUUAGUCACAUACACACGCAUAUUUAUUUAUUUAUUUAUUUAUGUAUAUAAAAAAUAACAAUAUUCUGGGAAUUAUCUUGACAAUUCUAUUUUGAAAAUUAGAAUAUUUUUUUUAUUCCUCACAAUUUCAAAUAGUACGUAAUAACUUAUACCCAAAAUCAUUUUUUUUCUUAAUUUCUAAUUUCUAAUUAUUCUUUAUUUUAGGUCUCUUCUGAUUUAAAAUUAGUUUCUAUUAUAAUUUUUUAAAGACAAAUGAAAAUUUGACGAUUCCUCUUCUUUUAGUCUUUAUCAAAAUAUUUUUAUCUGGAACCGUUGGCAAUAUUCAUACUAAAUACGCUGUUAAGUCACUCACGUUUCGAUAACCAAGUUAUCGUCUUCAGAGACUGGAGGUAAACUAUACAGUUUCUGAAGACGGUAACUUGGUUAUCGAAACGCGCAUUUUCAAACCUAUUUGAAUGAAAGCUUGGUUCUUACAAGAGAUGAAGUAUCAGUUAAGAUUAAAAUGUAGUAAUACGCACGAAUCCUAAUCAACAAAUGCAUGACCUUUUUUGUAACGUCUCAUCGUAAAAAAAAUAGAUUUCGUUUCGUUCUUGUAUGUCCACUUGAUUUUUGAAAGUUAAUCUUUUGGUAUCAUGUUUCAAAUUUGUUUUAAGAAUGUUUAGUUCAGUAACAGAGCAAGUUACUUCGAUUUUUCGAAUAGUUUCAAGGAUUUUUCAAUGGUUGAUCAACCUACCAAAUCCGUUUCAACCACAAAGUUGACUUAAGCACUCAUCAGUAAAAUCCUGAACAAUUUUCGAUGAUUUAGCACUCUACAAUAGAGUGCAAAGUAGAACCGAAACUAAAAUAGUACGAUGUGUGGUAAAUACGAAAAGUAAUUAAAAAGUAUCGUAUGGGAAACAAAAACUUGUUGUGGGGAAACAAGAAGACCAUGGGAGGAUGCAGUGGUGAAAGAACGUGGACUAAAUUAACAGGGGAUAAAGCUAGAGAAUGAAAACGAAAAGUGAAAAGAUACUUUAAAAGUUUUUUCAAAGAUGUUUUUUAUUUGCUUCAUAGUAGCAUUUCGAAUGGCAAGGUGCUUAGCCUGGGAGGUAGGGAUAUAGAUCAAAACUUUUAGCGACCAAAAAUACGGAAGUUAUAUUAAAAAUUUAACAAAUAAAUAAGUAUGUUGUUUAUUUGAGAAUGAGUGCAAUUUUCACUGUGAUAUCAAACACCAUUCCGUUAUUAAUUAUUUAAAAUACUAUAAAAGUCUAUAAUCGAAUUCAUUUUCAAGAAAUAUUCCUAUCAAAACUUAUGGUGUAUAAACAAAAUAAUGAUUUUUUAUAUGGUGUCAAUUAUUGAAACUUCGUGAAACUUGAAAAUGAUCUCAAGAUAUUACAUCGAUGAUGGUAGUAAUUCAUCCAUCGGUAUCAAUAAAGUUGAAAUAAAAAUCAUAAAAAAACUCGAAUAUAUAAAAAGGAAAUUUUUGGCGUGUGUAAUUUCAAUUUUGAAAUAUUCUAAUAGUUUCUAAAAACUAGUCACUUUAACGUAUAUAUAUAUAAUACAGGGACUGCAAACAGUCAACCACUUCGAACUAACAACAAUGUUUAUCUUUUGUAGUUGAUUUUGUGGGAUUGUGGUCGAUAUCUAUUUGUGAUUCGUUCUCCGAAUUGUUCCUAAAUCCAUUAUUAUGUAAAUGUAUAUUUGUUGUAAAUAAACAGAGUGAUAAAGUUGCCCAAAACCUAGCAGCUAUGUAUUAUAAUUAUAGGUAAAGCUGCUAUGUUGUAAAUAUGAAGAAAAAAAUUUAACUACCGGUCCAACAAUAGACAAAAAAAUCGUGAUUUAUACCUAAACACACCGAAAUGGUUGACGAUAAAUAUAAAAUUAAUAUUAUAAGUUUUUAAUGUACAGAUUGUCCUGUUUAAAUGGAAGUUUUUGAUGACAACCGAUAAUUGGUAUUGCGAUAUCCGGCGAACAAUAUGUGAUGCUUAUUACCAUCAAAACUGCCAACUAAUUCUAAUAAUACUUUGAAUAAUUAUAAAUAUUAAUUUUCAAUGUGAUCCAUGGCUUUUUUCAAAUUUCCAUUUGCUUCAACACAUUGACGAAUAUCUUUAGUUGUUAGGCGUAUUGCUAUUUUAUUUUAUUAUUGACCAAUAUUGUAAAUGCUUAAACCAGAUUCAUGUUGAUUAAAAGAUUAAAAGGUAAAAGAGUCUUCCACCAUCGAUAUAAUGGGAGAGGUAAUUUCGUUGCUUACGGUAUGUUUGAAGUUGAGCAAUCUAAGGAAUUACCACAUUCAAAAUGACCGCCGUGGGGUAAACAAAUAUUUUUGCCCUAAAGUUUCAGACUUAUUGACAGCUUAUUAUUUAUUUAGCUUUAAUGUAAAAUGGUUUCUUAAAGGUUGCUACUUAAAGAAGUGUAAAAUCUCUUCCAGAAAACGUGGCUUUGUUGAUUUUUUUUUCGACUGUGUAGUGUUGUGCUUGACUUGAACGCCAAAGUGUGAAUUAAUUUCCAAAUGAAAUAAAAACACUUAAUAAAAAGAAUUGUAAAGAUUUUGUAAAUUUCUUGAAAGCUUACUUACAGACUGAUUAAAAAAACUGCAAACUUACACCUUUUUAGCCGUAUUAGUUUUACUGAAACAGACCUAAAAACUAUUUAUGGCUACCUCACAACAAAAAACAAUACAAAACAACUCACACUACCGAAAAAAAGUCAAGAAAAGCUAGCUCGCGUUACUAGGGAAUCGAUUGUUUACCCCACGGCCGCCAUUUUGACGUAUAUCCCUUGUUUUCUUAGAAUGUUUAAUGAGACACUUGGGAGCAAGCAACUAGGGCAACUUUGGUGCGUAGGUUACAGAUUAGGAUCGUAGAUAAUUUAAAAAAUAUAUAAGACUAAACAAGAAGACAAGUACCUAUCAGUUAAUUUGUUUCGAAACUUUUUGAUUUGAUGGUGGUUUUGACACAUACAUUUCCUUAUAUAUACUACAUACAUGAUCUGUCAAUCUGCGAUUUGCAAUCCUUGUCGAAAUUUAUGUGAUAAAGGAAAUGACAAUAUAAAAAAAAUAUUUAAAAUUCGUAGUUUUGUUUUAACGUUUUUAAGUGCGAGAUGGUUGUGACUCUGAUUUCACCACACAAAUUGACGCUUUACAUGUUCCUUUUCCUUUGCAUCUAUACGUUAUUGACUUUUUUCUUAGCAAAAUAAAUAUAAACUCCAUGAUGCAUACUCCAAAAAUGUCAUCAGCUCAAUAUGCAAAGCCGAGGAAGUUUUUUGUACCCAUUUUAUUCGUAGUACGCGUGUUUCCUUAAUCUUGAAGAAGCGUCUGUCCUAUACCGUUAAAAGAUUUGUUAAGGAGAAGCCCCACAAACCCAACAAAGUUGAUAUUUUUUUUACUGGUGGUAGAUGAAGCUCGAUAUGUUCCAAAGAUUUCAUCUGCUCUUUUGCUACUUUCCCAGUGGUUCUUAACUCUCUCACUGUCGAACUUGUGACUUUUCUGGGCGAAAACUAAUUUCCUGAGUCUUGCUUAUAGCUAACUUCACACAACUAAGAUACCUGAUGGUCACACGGAGUGCAAAAAUGCAUCAAAAGUCGGCUGUUGUUUGAAACUGCGCUCCUAAUAUUUGUCUAAAUAUUGUCAAUAAUUUUUGACUAAUUUGCGUGACUCUAAAAUUUUAUUUCGACGUAUCUUCUUACCUUAUAUUUCUUCUUUUAUCACCUUCAUGGUAAUCUGUAAACAAUUUUGGUAACCAUCUUGUACAAAAUUGGUUAAAGCCUAGUUUUUGGCUAACAAUUUCAAACAAAAAGUCCUUGAAAUUUGUGGAAAACUCAACUGAAACCCAGCUAAUGUCUAAAAAACAAUUUUUAUUAACUUUAAAGACCGACGAAGUGGUCAGAUCGCUGAAAAAGUUUCUGUACACUUUACAUAUUUAAUUUAGUUGGAAAUUCUCGAGCUAACAGUCACAAUUACACUGUGUUUCGACAACCAAGUUAUCGUCUUCAGACACUGAACAUAAACAUCAAUCUCAAAUUGUGAGUGUUAGUAUAGUGGAAGAAAAAAUAGUGUGUUCAGUACAUAUUUACCGAUAAAUUGGAAGGAUUUUUAAUAGCAGCGCACAUUUUGAAUGCGAAUAUCUAACAAAUGGGCAGUUUGGAAGUGUUUUUUUGGAAUCCCGCGACCACAUAUAUCAAAAUAUAUGAAAUCAGCGCGUGACCAGGUAACGAACUUUUUGAAUAGUCCUCGUAGGUUUAUGAACGGGUAGAAGUUGUUGCAGGGUAGAUCUGUAGAAUGGGUAAUUGUAAAUACUGUAUGCACAUCGAAAUCUAACGUCAGACUGUUGGUUUUUUGGUCACUAUGUAGCACUUGAAAAUAGAGUUUAUUUUUGGUCAAUAAUAAGCUUUCUAAUAGACACAUAUUUAUAUAAAAUUCUCUCCCUUUUUAAGCCAUUUUACGAAUAUUAUUGUCUUGAAUAAGUGAGGUUAUGUUUUUAGAUUAUUUCUGUGAAGAAUUUUUCCACUAAUUUGUAUUGAGGUCUCAAGAAUUAGUGCGAUUUCUGGAAUCAAUUCCAAAAACUUUAGAUCUUUAGAUCAAUAUCAUGAUAAAAAAUUGCAUUUAUUCUAUAUUUAUUACAAAAUGGACAUUGUGGCAGUUUUUUUGGUAUAAACGCAAUUCAUAUUUCAUAUAAUUAAAAGAAAAUAAAUCAGCAUCGUUUGUUAUUGAAAUAUUUCCGUAAAAUUGUUUUUGUGUUGUUAUAAUUUUAAAUUCGAGUGUCGUUUUAUAAACAACAGUCACAUACAGAGCGUUUUCGUAACCUACCUAAUGUACUUUUUGUGAAAUUAACAAAAAAAAAAAUGAAAGAAAA